UAGUGUUUCCGAAAUUUGAAAAAAUAAUGUUGCUUUAAUUUUCACGAUAUAAGUAAGAUAUUAAGUGGAAAUAGUACUUAAAGUAUCUGUAAAAAUUCAACCCCAAACGAUUGAAUGUAUGAAAGGGGGAUGGCAUCGAACUGAUUCUGGAGGAUUUGAGUUCUUUUUAGAAUACAAAAAACCCAACGUGAUGGGAUGUGUUGAGUUUGCUGCGACGUUGGGCAGCGUUAUUUUGCUGAUUGUCACACUACCAUUUUCACUAUUUUGGUGCUUCAAGGUCGUCCAAGAAUAUGAAAGAGCUGUAAUAUUUAGAUUAGGUAGACUAAGAACUGGAGGUGCUCGUGGCCCAGGCAUUUUCUUCGUUUUGCCUUGCAUUGACAGCUACUGUAAGGUUGAUUUAAGAACAGUUUCGUUCGAUGUGCCGCCCCAAGAGGCUCUUACCAAAGACUCGGUAACAGUGACAGUCGACGCCGUUGUAUACUAUCGGAUAGAAGAUCCCUUAAACGCAGUUGUAAAAGUAACUAAUUACAGUAAUUCUACGCGACUUCUAGCGAUGACAACACUCAGAAACAUUUUAGGAACAAGAAAUCUGGCCGAGAUCUUAUCAGACAGAGAAGCAAUUUCGCAUGCCAUGCAAACAUCAUUAGAUGUAGCAACAGACCCCUGGGGUGUUAAAGUGGAACGGGUAGAAAUAAAAGAUGUAAGUCUUCCUCAACAGUUGCAAAGAGCAAUGGCAGCUGAAGCAGAAGCGUCUAGGGAAGCUCGAGCCAAAGUGAUAGCUGCAGAAGGAGAAAUGAAAGCGUCAAGGGCAUUAAAAGAAGCAGCGGAUGUUAUUCAACAAAGUCCCGCAGCAUUACAGUUAAGAUAUUUGCAAACACUGAACAAUAUAUCCGCAGAGAAGAACUCUACAAUAAUUUUCCCAUUACCAAUAGAUUUUUUAAGUCAGUUUAUGAAUUUCAGAGGUGGAUCCUCGCAAGUGUCACCAGUCAUAUAAACUCUGCAUAAUAAAAAA